UUCACUUAAGGAACCACGGGGAAGGACCUGCGUGAGAGCUGUGCGGCGGGGUCGGGGCUCAUGGCCGCGUCCAGGACGCUCGGCACUUUCCGUCUCCCGCCGUUACCCACGAUUCGAGAAAUCAUUAAGUUGUUUAGACUGCAAGCCGUGAAGCAGCUAUCCCAGAAUUUUCUCUUGGACUUGAGGCUGACAGAUAAAAUUGUAAGGAAAGCUGGCAGUCUGACAAAUGCUUAUGUUUAUGAAGUGGGCCCUGGGCCUGGGGGAAUCACAAGAUCCAUUCUCAAUGCCGGUGUUGCUGAACUUCUGGUGGUUGAAAAGGAUGGUCGAUUUAUUCCUGGAUUACAGAUGCUUUCUGAUGCAGCACCUGGAAAACUGAGAAUUGUCCAUGGAGAUGUCUUGACAUUUAAGAUAGAAAAUGCUUUUCCAGAAAGUCUCAAAAGACAGUGGGAGGACGAUCCUCCAAAUGUACAUAUUAUUGGAAAUCUGCCUUUUAGUGUAUCAACUCCACUGAUUAUCAAAUGGCUUGAAAACGUUUCUCAUAGAAAUGGACCUUUUGCUUAUGGCAGAACCCAGAUGACUUUGACUUUUCAAAAGGAAGUGGCAGAGAGACUUACAGCCAGUACAGGAAGCAAGCAGCGUAGUCGCCUCUCCAUCAUGGCCCAGUACCUCUGCGACGUUCAGCACAUCUUGACAAUCCCAGGUCAGGCUUUCAUCCCCAAACCGGAGGUGGACUCGGGGGUGGUGCAUUUCACCCCCCUGACCCGGCCGAGGAUAGAGCAGCCAUUCAAGCUGGUGGAGAGAGUCGUUCAGAAUGCCUUUCAGUUCCGAAGGAAAUACUGCCAUCGAGGGCUUGGAAUGUUAUUCCCUGAAGCCCAGCGAUUAGAAAGCACUGGGAAACUGUUACAGUUGGCCGAUGUGGACCCUACUCUUCGACCCACCCAGCUCUCUGUCUUACAUUUUAAGAGCCUCUGUGAUGCAUACCGAAAAAUGUGUGAUGAAGACCCACACCUCUUUGCUUACAAUUUCAGAGAAGAACUCAAGCAAAAGGGGAUGGCAAGGAGAGUUACAGACUGUAGCUGCUACGUCAGGGGCUGGCAGCCGACUGGAUGUUGAUGUUCACAGAGUUGAACUUCUCCUAUGUGUGCUCCCCAGGUGUGACUUAUUCCCCUUUUACAGCUUGGUAAAGAGAAUAAAUAUCGUCAAGUAAGUUUAAAAGUGAAACCAGCAACUUAACCCAUAUCUGGAUUGACCUGUAUUAUGCCUUUCCAUGGCUCUCUGUUUCAUAAAAACACUCCUCGUUGACAACCGACGUUAAGCUCUGGACGCUGAAUUCUCGCUCGAGAACGGAGCUGAGAUCAAGGUUGGCAUUUUCCGAUUGACUGUCCAGGGACUGGUGACGCAUCUGCGCCUUCAGCAGAGUUCCCCUGUCCCUCUUGGUGCUGUUGGCUUUGCGUUUGAUGGCGCAGAAGUGCCCCCGGACCAGCUUGGGCUGCCCGUCCUUGCCGGGCGGCUGCUGAGCCGGCCGGGCGUCCGGGUCCUCCGAGAUCCUCAGUCUCUGGAACUGGAUCUCGAUGUCUGUGGUAGGGCUGCCCUGCUUCCCAGCCUGGUGGUCGUCCUCGUCGUCGUCGCUCAGAAUGUCACUCUCUUUGAUGAGACUGUCGGAGAAGUCGGCCAGGCCCUCGUGGGGGUGUUUCUGGGCGUCCUGUCUGCUCCCGGCCGGGGGGCAGCCGCUGCUCUGGGUGCCACUGCUCAGGCUGCCCUCAUCCGAGUCCAGCGAGCUGCCCUUGCCCGGCUCCCCGGGCCACUCGCUGCUGGAGGAAUUCUUAAGGACUUUUAAGGACCUGGAUGAAGCUGCAGUGAGAAAAGCACAUUUUCCCUUAUGGUAGAGGAACCGAUUCCACAGUGUGUUUGUUCAUUUGUUCAUUUCUGCCUUGUGGGUUAUCAGAUUUAACAUCUUAAUUAGAAUUCCAUCACCUCACUUCAAUCCUGGGACUAAAAAAAAUGUAGAUACUGCAAAUACGGACAUUUUUUAUUUAUGUUUAUUUGAAAUUUUAAGUUGGAAUUUGGCAUUUUUUAGAGGACCAAUUACCAGAGCUUAUUACUGAGAACAAUAAGCUAUAAACUAUCAUAAGGGCUAGGCUUCUUAUUACCAAUGAAUAAAUUUAAAAGUUAGUUUUACAGCUAAUGAAUAAAUUAGCUCUUGCUAAUGAAUAAAUUUAAAACUCAGUUGCUAAUAAAAUCUAGGUUCCUUUCUUUCACUAAAGUACUUUGUAGUUUGAGAACUAAGAUUACACCACCAUAUUUCUCUGCCCACCUUCUCACCGGUUCAUUUCCCUUGCUCAAUUAAAAGUACAAAAAUGCUUUUUCUCUCUCAUGAGAACUGUCUCUGCCGGAAUUUUUAGCCAACUUUGAGAUUUAACAUGAAUAUUGAAUCGUGUGUGUGUGUGUGUGCGUAUAAUUCCUUUCUCUUGGGUAGAAGGGAAAGGGGGAGCUCAGUUGUGUUUCUGCAGACAACAGUGUAUUUUUAAUGGCUGUAGCUUAUUUUGCCAGUAGAGGAAAAAAUAUAUGGUAAAUUUGAGGAGGUCAAACUGUGACCAAAAAGAAGAGAUACACUUUGUAAGACUAAAAACUAGAUCAGUGAUAUUAACA